ACCGCCAUGUUUUUUUACAAGUCGACGAGAAACGAAGCUAUUUUACAGACAUUUAUGCAUCGCAAAUAAUGGAUUUAAUAUGAAGUAUAGGCAAAUCUCAGCAUUACUUGCCGUUGGCAGAAUGCUUGACUUUUUCGGCGACGUAAAGGUUGUUCAGAGCAGUUUGUAGAGCCUCGGGCCAUCGUAGAUAUUUGGAAAUCAUGGAGAAAGUGGAGGUGUUUGAGGUUGUGAAAGUGACUGAGGAGGUGGAGAACUGCUACAAACACAUGGAGGUGACUACCCCGAAAAAGAGGAAGAGCAAAGCUCAAGAAGACAGUGUUGAGAAACCUAAAAAGUCUAGGUCUGCCUACCUACUAUACUACUUUGAUGUUCACCAGAUUAUGCAACAGGAAAUUCCUAAUCUGCCACAGUCAGAGAUCAACAAACGUAUCAGUGAGAGCUGGAAAAGGCUCAGUGUAGCUGAGAAAGCCUACUAUCUGGAGAAGGCCAAGUCUGAGAAGGAGGGUGUAGACACAUCGUCUCUCAGCCCCUCCAAACAUCCGCCAGGCUUCCGCAAAAUCCUCCCCAGAGCCAGUUACUUUCUCUUGGCUAAAGGCUGCCCCUCAAAUCACCAGCCGGGAGGCUCUCAACCAGAGGUGAGCGUGGAGCCUCUGGAGUCUCCAGUGGAGGGAGGCCUGUCUUCCGUCUCUUUCACCCAAGAACCCCAGUUCACACCUCUUGAGCUGGCCGGUGAGGUGGAACUUUCCGAACACCCCAUCGUUGUUGAUGACACAGCAGAGGAAACGGCACGGGCGUCUCAUCCCACGUCCCCCCAAGGAAUCCCACCCUCGUCUUCCUCCUUUGUGUCGUCCUCCACAGAUGCCUAUGUCUCACAGGGCUCUGCUGACAUUACCGCAAAUGGGGUCAUGCUGAAAGGAAAUGAGACGAGAGUUGCUGGUAGUGGUCAUGCUGGGGCGAUGGUGCAGCAGAUACAGGGGGAAACUACACAGAUUGUUGCUAUCAUACCCACCCAGAACCUGUUGGAGCCCAAGUCUUUGGCGGGUGUCAGCUCUGUGGGCUCAGUAAUGAUGGUCUCUGUAGGAGCCAGAGUAGAACAAAGUGCCAAACCUUCAUAUAAAAUGUCUGUAAAGACAUACACCAGGAGAGGUCGAGGGAAGUGUCUAAAGCCUGGAUGUUCAUUUGUGUAUGUCACCCGCCACAAGCCACCGACGUGCCCUGAAUGUGGGAGCCACUUGGGCGGAAAAUGGAUACCUGCUGCAAAGAAGACACAAGAGAAAGAAGCUGCGUCCAAGAAGUUGCCACAGAAAGCUGGAACCAAGUCUAACGAAAGCUGCCAACCCACUCCUCCCCCUGCUCAGGAGGGGAAGGCUGAGGGCAGUAAAACAAACCCCACUAGGAGCAAAAAAGAAGCCAGAGUUCAACGGUGCUCCAGAAAGCAGCAUGCAGUUCCAGCUGGAAAGCCAUCAGAGGGCAGCAGUACCAAGGAGCCAGAACAAACGAAUGUUGUGAGCUCAACUGUCCAAAGUCAACACAGAAGCAGUGCCGCUGUUCGAAAGAGACCUGUGAGACCCAUCCUUCCUGCCUGCUAUAGAACAGGCCGUGCUGUGUUCCAGAUCAUAACUGUCCCACCUGACAAAGGAAAAUUUCAGAGUGUAAACAACAAUAAGUCAUUCACUGUGCCUCAAGAGAGUUUCUCGGGUCUCAAACCCAGCACUUUAAAGCAGCUCGGACAGACGGUCCCGACAACCACUGCCAAGCAGGAUUCUUCUGGCCCUGCAGAUGGUAGUCAGCCUGUGUCUUCACUGGCUGAUGGGAGAGUGAACAUCCUGUCAGUCGCCCCUUUCAAACAGCACACCGUUUCCAGCUUUGAUUUGGGACUGUCUACAGCGCGCGGAAGGGGUCGGUGUAAGAAUCUGUCCUGUGACUAUAUGUACAAGAACAGACACAAACCUGCAGUGUGCCCUAAAUGUGGCUGUGAGCUGACCCAGAAGAACACCAAGGGAUCAAAGUCUGGGACUCUGCUCGAUCCGUACCAGGCCCUGAGUCCUGCUCAGAAGGACAUCCAGCGCCAAAAUACCCUGCAGUUACUGCAGCGUUUCCUGCAGAUUCCCGAGAGCGAGACUGAGCUCCAGGAAACGUUGACCCUCAUCCAAGAGCUCAACAGUCUCCAGAUCGUCUUGGUUCAACCAGGAGACCAGGAGCACGGGGGCAGCGUAGAGACGGAGUACCUGGUCGAGUCUGGGUGGCCUCAGUUCUAUGAAUCGGCAGCUACUCAUUGUGGCCUGUGUAACUACCCUUUGUUCAAGGGAAGUCAGAGUACUGUCGCAGGACAAGAGGACUGCUGGCUGCUUACGGAGACACUGAUCCAGACAGCAUCUCUCCAGCUGAAGGUGUGUCUCAACAUUCAGUGUCUGGCUCUGCACAGCUUCACCGACCUGCAUCCAGGUUUGUUCAACAUUGGGAACAGACUGCUGGUCAGUAUUGACCUUUUCCUGAAGAUCAGAGCCAGCAUCAGACUGGGUCAAACCCCUUCUCAGGCAGCCAAGACCAUGCUAGACCACGUCCCCAAUCACCCCGUCCACUCUCUGAGUGCAGAGGAGUUAUCUCAAAUUCACGAGCUUCUCCUCAGUGGCUACUGGGCCUUUGAGUGUCUGACAGUGCGCGAUUACAACGACAUGAUCUGCGGCAUUUGUGGCAUUGCUCCCAAACUGGAGAUUGCAGAGCGACACACAAGCAACGUACUGGAGCUAAAGAAUGUGGAAGUUACCUGGCCUGAGUUUUCGGUCUCGGAUGAGGUACAUGUUGAUGACUUCUGGCUGACCAUGGAAAGUGAGGCUAUCGAGCAAGCGACUUUCCCCACUGACAUCCCUAUCACACGUGUGGAUGCUUCGAUCAUCGCUCCCUUCAUUCCCCCACUGAUGAGGAGUCCCACUGUUAUCAACACGGAGAAGGACAAAGUCCUGUCACACACACAGCAGCCCUCAGGAGAUCCAUCAGUUCUGGUGCGUCUCAUUCAUGAUGGUGACCUGAGACUCGACAAGAUUGAACACCACAGUGAGGACGAGCUGAGAACAAUACUGGACCGCUGCGGGGCAAGCAUCACCCCUGGCUCCACUAAGACCGAGUUGCUGGCCUCCCUGAUCUCCUUGUACACACUUGUUCACAGCGGCCUCGCCACUGGCCCACAGCCCCCUCCACACCUCACCGGUGGCAAGCUGUCCCAGCUCUGCCCCCACAAGGUAAAAACAGCAGCCCUGUCACUCAUGUAACCAGUC